AUGGCUGCUCGAAUCCCGACCACUAAACCCACUAUCCUCGGCACCGAACUUGCACUUAUCAAAGAAGCCCUUACGCUCUCCAAUCUAAACGGCAAAGGAAAAUACACCCGUCUCUGCGAGCAGUGGCUGGAGACGUUCAUGCCCACCGACUCAAAGGGGAAAGCAUUUGUUCUUUCAUCGUGCACCUCCGCUCUCGAACUGGCCGCCAUCCUUGCCAACAUCCAACCCGGAGAUGAAAUCAUCGUUCCCAGCUACACUUAUGUGUCGACUGUAAAUUCUUUUGUUCUCCGUGGUGCGGUGCCCGUCUUCGUGAGCCUGGACAGUCGAACCAUGAACAUCGAUGCACGCGUGAUCGAGGCCGCAAUCACGUCCAAGACACGCGUCCUCGUUCCAGUACACUAUGGGGGCAUCGCGGCCGAUAUGGACCCCAUCAUGGACAUUGCCCGGCGAUACGGGUUACUGGUAGUGGAGGAUGCUGCCAUGGCAUGCACGUCACUCUACAAAGGCCGCAUGCUCGGUACUAUCGGCCAUAUAGGAUGCAUCAGCUUCCAGGAAAAGAAAAACUUCACCGCAGGUGGCCAGGGCGGCGCUUUGCUUGUCAAUGACCCUUCGUUCAUUGACCGUGCGAGGAUUGUCUAUGAGCACGGUACAAAUCGCGGCCAGGUCGAUCGGUACCAAUGGUUGGAUCUGGGCAUCAACGCUACUUUGUCCGAAGUACAGGCUGCAUUCCUCUACGCCCAACUCCAGGCCGCAGAUACCAUCAAUGCUUCGAGACUCAAGCUUUGGCAGAGGUAUCACUCCGCGCUCCGGCCACUGGUGGAGAAGGGAUACUUGAUUCUGCCGACAAUUCCGGGAAAUACGACACAUAAUGGCAAUGUAUUUUGGAUCAGGCUCGUAGACGCACGAAGAAGAAGGCAAAUGAUAGAAUUCUUGAAUCUGAGAGGGAUUCAGGCACACCCGCAGUUUAUGCCGUUGCAUUCAUCCCCUAUGGGUCUGGUGACAGGGAGGUUCAGCGGUGAUGGUCAGAGCACCGAGAUGGUCGUAGCACAGAUCCUCCUGUUGCCGCUUUUUGUGGGACUGUCAGACGGAGAGCAGGAGCGCGUCAUCGAGGGUGUUUUUGCAUUCUGGACAGAAAUCCGACCGUCGUGA